AUGAAAAUCACGAACGCAACAGAUGGUAAAAUUAGCGCCGAAAUGCUUGUUCAAGCACAUCAUCUGAAUCGUUUAGAUUCACUUCAUGGAGGAGUGAUAGCAUCGUUAGUAGAUGUUUGUGGAUCGCUAGCUAUAACAUCUAAAGGAAUGUUUACAACAGGUGUUAGUACUGAUAUAAAUGUUUCAUAUAUCGGAUCAGCAUCGAAUGGAGAUACUUUACUUGUG